CCCGCCCAGGAAAAUUGCAGUGUCGGAGUCCAAAAACGAGCCCUCGUCAUCUCUACUCUUUCUCGAAGGAGAAAACGCAGAGGACAAGCGAGGAAACAAAGAUGGAGGAAGAUGAUCAGCAGAAGGUUACAGAUCUAGUGAAGGAGCUUGUUCUCCGUCUCCUCUCUCAAAACCCUCAAACCCCUGGUCCCGAUCCCAAUUCCUCCGCUUUCCUCAAAACCCUUCGCUACGCGUUUCGUAUCCUCUCGAGCCGGCUCACUCCCUCCGUCGCUCCCGACGCCACCGCCAUUGCCGAGUCCCUCAAACGCCGUCUCGCCACCCAUGGUAAGUCCUCCGACGCCCUCGCUUUCGCGGAUCUCUACACCAAGUUCGCGUCGAAGACCGGUCCCGGUAGUGUCGACAACAAGUGGGCCGUGAUUUACUUGCUCAAAAUCGUGUCGGAUGAUCGGAAAUCGGCGAAACUCGGGCUUGAUUCCUCGGUCUUGCUCCCAAAUUUGGGCAUUGGCGAUGCCGAAUCGGGUAAGGAGAAGGAUUGGAGUAAUGGGGUUUUGUUGGUUAGUAAAGACCCUGAGAAUCUGCGGGACAUUGCAUUUAGGGAGUAUGCUAAUUUGGUUAAGGAAGAGAAUGAGGUGACAGAAGAGAUCAUAGUGAGGGAUGUUUUGUAUGCUUGUCAAGGAAUUGAUGGGAAGUACGUGAAAUUCAACAACGAGUUAGAUGGGUUCGCAGUGUUGGACUCGGUUACGGUUCCUCGAGCCACUAGGGUUAUGGUGCGUAAGAUUUGCGAGCUCGGCUGGCUGGUUUAGAAGGUGAAAACGUUCAUUUCCGAGAGUAUGGAUCGGUUUCCAGCCGAAGAUGUAGGAACCGUUGGACAAGCAUUUUGUGCUGCAUUGCAAGAUGAGCUAUCAGAGUAUUACAAGCUAUUGGCUGUGCUCCAAGCACAGGCCAUGAAUCCUAUUCCUCUGGUUUCUGAAUCGGCUAGGUCAAGCAAUUACCUUUCUUUGAGGAGGCUGUCGGUUUGGUUUGCAGAGCCAAUGGUGAAAAUGAGACUGAUGGCUAUUUUGGUCGACAAAUGUAAGGCUUUGAGAGGCGGGGCAAUGGCCGGUGCCAUUCAUUUGCAUGCCCAACACGGCAAUCCACUUGUUCGUGAUUUCAUGAUGAAUUUGCUUCGAUGCGUAUGUUCUCCUUUGCUUGAAAUGGUGAGAAGUUGGGUCUUGGAAGGGGAACUGGAAGAUAUUUUCGGAGAAUUCUUUAUUGUAAGUCAGCCAGUUAAGGUUGAGUCGCUUUGGAGGGAAGGUUAUAAGCUCCACCCAGGAAUGCUGCCAUCCUUUAUUUCACCGAGUCUAGCUCAGAGAAUUCUAAGAACUGGGAAAUCCAUAAAUUUUCUUCGGGUUUGCUGUGAUGAUCACGGGUGGGCUACUGCAGCAUCAGAUGCAGCGGUUGCCUCAGGGACUACAACUGAUCGAGGAGGUCUAGGGUAUGGUGAGACAGAUGCACUUGAACAUCUUGUCACGGAGGCAGCAAAAAGAAUCGACAAGCACCUGUUGGAUGUACUUUACAAGAGAUAUAGAUUUAAGGAACAUUGUCUUGCGAUCAAGCGGUAUUUACUCCUUGGUCAAGGCGAUUUUGUGCAGUAUUUAAUGGAUAUUGUGGGGCCUAAACUUUCUGAACCAGCUAACAGUAUCAGUUCAUUUGAGUUAGCCGGGUUUCUAGAAGCUGCAAUUCGGGCAUCUAAUGCCCAAUAUGAUGAUCGUGACAUUCUAGACAGAUUGAGAGUGAAGAUGAUGCCUCAUGGCACUGGAGAUAGGGGCUGGAGUGUAUUCUCAUUGGAAUAUGAUGCAAGGGUUCCUCUAGAUACCGUGUUCACCGAAUCUGUUAUGUCUAGGUACUUGAGAAUUUUCAAUUUUCUCUGGAAGUUGAAAAGGGUGGAGCAUGCACUUAUUGGUAUUUGGAAGACUAUGAAACCAAAUUGUAUCACCUCUAAUUCGUUUGUUAAGCUCCAAGCAACGGUGAAAUUUCAACUUCUCUCAACCCUGAGACGAUGCCAGGUUCUCUGGAAUGAAAUGAACCAUUUUGUCACCAACUUACAGUACUACAUCAUGUUUGAGGUAUUGGAAGUGUCAUGGUCUGAUUUUUCGAAAGAAAUGGAAGAUGCUAAAGACCUCGAUGAUCUAUUGGCAGCACAUGAGAAGUACCUCAACUCCAUUGUGGAAAAAUCUCUCCUGGGUGAACAGUCACAAACCCUUCGCAAAUCCCUUUUUGUCCUCUUCGAGCUUAUAUUGCGGUUCAGAAGCCAUGCAGAUCGGUUGUAUGAGGGAAUUCAUGAGUUGCAAAUAAGAACCAAAGAAUCGUCGCGGGAAAGGAAUAAAACACAAGAGUCUGGUUCAUGGAUCAGUGAAGGUAGGAAGGCCAUAACACAACGUGCUGGAGAAUUUCUCCAAAGCAUGGCCCAAGACAUGGACGGUAUCGCAAAGGAGUACACAUCAUCACUUGAAGGGUUCCUGUCUCUGUUACCCGUCCACCAAUGUGUCGAUCUCAAGUUCCUCUUUUUCCGGCUUGACUUCACAGAGUUUUACAGCCGGUUGCAUUCUCAAGGGUAGGAAUGUUACCAGAUGAAUCAGUCCAGACAGUGACACAUUCCACAAUUAGCAAGAAUAGACAUGCUCUAUCUGUCACUACUAACUGCUGACUGCAACACUGUUUCAUCAACCAGUUUGAGGGUCUUUUUUUUUCUGGAAUCUAGAUUGUUUUUGAUGGCUUGUUUCAAUCUUUGGGAUUGGAAGCAGUUUCUCGUGUUGGUGGUGAGGUUUGAUAGUUUUAAAUUUGUGCCCUGUAUGAAUCUGAUGUUUACCGAUUUUGUUGUUAUUUUCGAUUGUUGUUUGUGUAAGCUCGGUUCGGAACCGAGCUUGUUGAUCUGUGUGUGGUUGUUUUAUGCCGGGAAGCAAUUGCAUGCGCCUUGACAUCUUUCCACUGA